AUGUCGUCGGAAGUGGCUGAAGUCGUCAAUGAGAUCUGUGGUAAAGUAAGUUUUUACCGGUUUUCUUUCUGUCUUGACAUUUAGGUUGAUGAAACCGUCGUUUAAAGCUGACGUUUACGUUUAAUUUAUUCGUCAUUUUGUUCAGGUCGAAAGCCUUUCCGUUGAGGAGCCAGCGUACUACUAUGGCGACGACGAUCUUCUAGACGUUUUGUACAUCAAGUCCGAAGAGGAAUGGUUCAAUUCUGGCAAGAAGUUGGCCGUGAUCCCGAAGGAUUGCAAGUUUUUGAUCCGGACACCCGGAAAAGAAUAUGAAGAUGUUAAAUGGCUGUAUGCUCGGAAGGAGUAAGUACUUUUCAAUGUAUUGGAUGUUCAUAAUUCUAAUUUGCUACUUACAACAGUUUAUUAGCAGCAUGGAAUAAUUUUAAGCAAUAAUAUCCAUCUUUUGUCAUGGAUAAUAUAAUGUUAGUCAAAUUUUGUAAAGUUAAGGUGUUGUGGAUUGUUGUACAUGUUUCGGUUGUCGCAAAGUUGUCCCUCGCGACUCCUGAGACCAUUUGGGAGUUGACAUCCGGCCGUAUCUCUAUUAUUUUUAUUAUUUUAGUCGAAAAAUCGAUGGAUUUGGUGACCGUCGCAAGUGCAACAUUUCCGAAGAAGUCUUAGCCAGAAGAACCAAGGAAAUUGAGAAGGCUAAAGAGAAAGAAGUGUACAAAAAGUACACCAGAGAAGUUCCCAACCACAAGAGAGAUCGGCAAUGUCCUCGAACACCGAACAAAUACCAGGAAUGCCCGCGGAGAGCUUGGGAUGCGGCGGUGAAACAAUGGAAGUUGGAUUUGUAUGCCUGGGAAUCCAGAUUUGAUGGAACCAAGGAAAAUGAUGGGCGUGGAGAUGAAGAAGUAAGGGAGUUUAUAUUUUUAUUGAGCCAAGAAAGCCUGUAUGCCUUGUGUAGGCAUCAAUCAGCCUUUUUUUGUUUCAUUAUGCCGUUUACGACUCUGUCAUUACAUUUAAUACUGUUUAAAUCGCUUUCGUAUUUUAGCCCGCCAGAAAGUCAGCUAAAAUCGACGAAUCAGAGGAGCACUUUAUUCCCGUCGAGCCUAAUCCAAAGGCUACCAAACGAUCCUCAGCUCCACGACCCGACAAGUCAUGUCUUUUGAUGUAAUUUGAACAAUGUAUGACUUAAUUUUCUGAAAUAUUACGCUUUGUAUUUUUUACCUCAGGAUCUCGGGUUCUGUUGUUUUUGUAUAAAGUUAUAAUUCGUAUCGACUUUAUGGAAUAGAUUUUUGAAGAGAUAUUGGAUAGUUUUGUUAAAAAAUUUAAUAAUUUGGACAAAGGCCAUACGGCGGAUAACAAGUCGGCCGGCGGAGAUAACAGGUCGGCAGCUCGCGCCCUGGCUACCGUCGAAACAUAGAUUUUCGGCCAAAUCAAAGUUGUUGCAAAGUUUUGAAGUGUAAAGUUACGUGAAACGCGGCCUUUAAAUGGUUGUUGUUACUCAUUUGUGUUCGUUGAAUCAUAGACAUUUUUUAUUUCAGUGGUUUUUGCGCCGAGAAGUGGUCGUUUUCUGAGAUGGAACGCUCGAACACCCCUACACGUGAAGAGAGAGUACAAUGGAUGAAAGCAGCACGAGAAGUCUACACAGAGUGAGUUGUUUCCUCAAUUUCUAUGUUUUGCUUGACAUAUAGGCGGUCUCGAGCCCAGCAGCCCCAUCGCUAUCGUCGGUGUGCGUCCCAAUCUCCAAGACAUUGUGAAAGGACUCCAGCACGUUGCAAAAGAGCUCCACUCAAUCCCGCGGCUACUCCGACUCGAAGGAAUAUGAAUAUCUUUGCCAGGUCUGAUGACGCUUUGGAUCCGAAUUUGACUUUCAGCAAGGGGAAGCCGGUGGAAGAGGUAGGCAGAAUUUUUCUUUUUUUCCUUUAAAUUCCGAGAUUUGCUGCAGAAGAACCUAUUCGAAUUGGAUCCUAAUAAUCGUGAUGAAUUUCUUCGAAUGAUGCAGAUCUUGGAUAGGGUCCAGGAGGUCAAGUUUCGGCCGUUUCAUGAGUCGAGGCGGAUGAAAUCGCCCGAUCCGCAUGGAUCAAAGAGGGAGCUUUUCGAAGCAGCGGGCCUGAGGAUUGAAUCACUGAAGUUAGAAAAGACAUUGAGUCAGGUGAGCCAUUAAAUUAUUCCUUUCGGUACUAGGUGUAGCAUAAUUUAUCAAAUGAGAUAUUGCUUUUGGUCGAUUUUCACUUUUUUGCUUUCAGUCUCUCCUCCGUCUCAGGGAACUCCCUUCCGCGCACCAGAAGUCUGUUUUGCAUGGAAUUGACGCUGCGAGUAUUCAGUGGCUCAAAAACAACAUCAACAAUUUAUAA